UGGUACCAUAGAUGAUUAUGGAAUUCGCAUAUGCGACAAUAUCAAGCAAGUAUGCCUCGAAAAAGCGACAGGUCCCAAGAACUAUAACAAUUCAAACUUAAUAACACAUUGUCCGGACUUUGCUUGGCCGCCAAUUCGGCCCCUAUCUCUCCUUAGCCAGCUGUGUGAGGUGUGUACCCUCGUUUGCUGCCGCGAUGACGAACAAGUUGGUCUAAUCUGUCCGAAGCUUCGAGGGAUGAGACUCGAUGGAGAGGAAGACGUGGAAGAAUGGACGAAAGAGAGCUACGAAUAUAACAACUGGGCAGCGAGGCUAAGCGAGAUACCUCAUCGUCACGUCACUUUGCGUAUCCCCUACUGCAACCUUUGCAACAUGCCCAUAUACUUUACAAGAAAGAAUAACGAGUAUGAGAACGUGGACAACGUUGUAUUCGGAAUUGAAGGGAUCGAAUUCGAGUUCAACUCAAUUUUAUGGAAGUGGCUGUAUCUGACAGAUCGAAAGCAUGCAUUGGCCGUGCGACUUUCGACUGGCUUCCUGAAUAAGCCUUGUUCAGCUUGCGUCGAGAAAGAGUGCCUUAUGCGCGCGGGGACAUCUAAAUUCAUCGAAACCUGCAAUCGGAAAGGGGCUUAGAAGGUCUGGUCCUGGUUGUCGAUUCGAUGCGUGGGAUUAGCUGAUUUCUGGGAGCCCGAUACAGUCAUACACCCUAAUCCAGACUCCAAUCCUCCACAAAACAAAGAAUACAUGGAUCUGUUGAGCAAGAGCUGGAAAGCAAGGACUGGGGUAUCAUUUACGGAUAUUUUGACCUAUGAUCUAGGGGACGUCUCUCUCCCCUACACUCCUCACGAGGCUCCUUUUGAGAGUUUGUCGCAGUGGAACAGUUUUCUUGGGGCUCGCGACGCUUCAAUCCCGAUAAUCGAGUCUCCCCCAAAUCCCUUAGACCUUAAGGAACUUGUCGUCGAAAUCGACCUUGAUGACGAAUGAUGUUCUAGUCUGGCCCUAAUCAGAUAUGUCAACAAUCGAAUCUUAUCACGCUCUUCCCGGCGAUAUUAACGCGGCUUAUGGUAUUUACUCGAAUUCCUAAAUGGAAGUUAAUGGCGACUUUGGAAUUGGUAUCGCAAUCCUGCCUCUUCAUGGCCCUGUCGCCGAUGAUGAUAAUAAACGACGCAUAAACUUCAUCUAUAUAGCGGUGUUGUAGAUAAAUGA